AUGUCCAGGCGGUUCUUCCCAUCGCAACAGGCCAUUGGACGCACUGUGCUGGACCUGCGGACGCACAUCAUCAUUAUGGCAGGACCUGCCGGCGAGUCUGCAUCGCAAUUUGCCAUGAUAUGCAGCUUCGGCGGAACUUCGCGCCUCAGGUACAGUCCAGUCUGCCAAGCCCAGCGGGUCUGCAGCAAUUGA